AUGACCGUUAAAGCAGCAACUCACUCCAAGAUCCCUUGGAUCGAAACCCCGCUCAUCAAAUCGGCGACCCUGAGCGCCGCCGCCGGAUGCAAUGUCUUCCUCAAACUUGAGAACCUCCAACCGUCAGGAUCGUUCAAGUCCCGUGGUAUCGGCAACUAUCUAGUCUCCCAACUUGCUGCUGUCCAAGCCUCAAACACCCACUCCACCAGAAAGCCGCACUUUUACUGCUCAUCCGGCGGCAAUGCUGGUCUCGCUUGUGUCCAUGGCGCAAUCACUCUAGGCUGCGAGGCGACCAUUGUAGUCCCCCUCAGCACAACGCCGUACAUGAUAGGGAAGUUGCGAGAGGCUGGCGCCACAGAGGUCAUCCAGAAGGGCGCUUCGUGGCAAGAGGCAGACAAUUAUCUGACCGAGACCCUAAUGGCGGAUGCGAGGGCGAGAGGAGAGGCGGCCAUCUACGUCCCGCCCUUUGAUGCGCAGCAGAUCUGGGAUGGGAAUGCAGGGAUUGCCAAGGAGAUUGUGAGGCAAUUACCCGCUACGGGGAGGCACUAUCCCAUCAAUGAGGCUGCUGGUGACGGGAAUGCAAGCCUGGCCACGUCUGCGCCGAAAAUCGAUGCUAUUGUGUGCAGUGUUGGUGGAGGCGGGUUGUUUGCCGGCAUCAUGCAGGGGAUCGACGAGCUGAAACUGAAGCAGACGACGGUCAUUGCAGUCGAAACCGAGGGCGCCGACUCAUUUUCACAAGCAAUCACCAAGGGGGAACUGGUCACCUUGCCGGCAAUCACGAGUCGAGCGACGAGCUUGGGCGCAAGACGAGUCUGCCAGAGGGCAUUUGAGUAUGGUAUGAGAGACACUGUGGCCAAUGUUGUCCUACCUGACUCGGAAGCCAUCGGCGCGUGCAUGAGGUUCCUAGACGAGGAGCGUCUGCUAGUCGAGCUGGCUUGUGGCGUGUGCCCUGCUCUUUGCUACAACGGACAGCUUGAGAAGCUGGUUCCGGGCUUCAAUGAGAAUAGUGUAGUUGUAUUAGUUGUGUGUGGUGGGAGCAACAUGACGUUCGAGAUGAUGGAUCAAUACACGAGUGAGCAGGCGGGAUAA